AUGGUAGAUGCAAUCACAGGUUUCGUGGUGGGAAAGAUGGGCAACUAUCUCAUCGACGAAGCCUCGAUGUUGAUAGGAGUCAAAGACGAUCUAGAGGAGCUGAAGACGGAGUUGACGUGCAUCCAAGGCUAUCUAAAGGAUGUUGAAGCUCGUGAAAAAGAAGACGAGGUCUCAAAAGAGUGGACAAAACUGGUUUUAGACAUAGCUUACGAUGUUGAAGAUGUUUUGGACUGGUAUAACCUGAAAGCUGUCCAAAGAUCACAAAAACGAGGACUUAUGAGAUUGACCACAAUAUUCGGCGAGACGAUGGAUUCAUACAGAAUAACUGAGGAUAUCAGAACCCUCAAGAGAAGAAUCUCGGAUGUGACUCGCAAGCGGGAGACUUAUGGCAUAGGAAACUUCAAUGAGGCGCCUCAAGGAGGAGGGAAUAUUUCAAGUUUAAAGGUAAGUGAGCUUAGACGUGCUCGACCCGUUGAUCAGGAAGAGCUUGUAGUUGGUUUGGAAGAUGAUGCUAAGAUGCUUUUGGAAAAGCUACUUGAUGAUGAUGUUGAGGAAAAGAGGUAUAUUAUCUCGAUAUUAGGCAUGGGAGGUCUUGGAAAGACCGCAAUUGCUAGGAAGCUCUACAACUCAGGUGCUGUGAAGAGAAGAUUCGAAUACCGCGGGUGGACUUAUGUUUCGCAAGAGUAUAAAACAAGAGAUAUGCUUAUCAGAAUCAUAAGAUCGUUGGGAAUAGCUACUGAGAUAGAGCUCAAGAUGUUUUCAGAGGAGGAGUUAGAAGAUUACCUUCAUGAUAUUUUGGACGGAAAAAGAUACCUGGUGGUGGUAGAUGAUAUAUGGGAGCCAGACGCAUGGGAGAGCUUGAAGAGAGCGUUACCAUGCAAUCAUAGAGGAAGUAGAGUUGUCAUCACUACGCGUAUCAGAGCUGUGGCUGAAGGCGUGGAGGGGAAAGUGUAUGCUCAUAAAUUAAGGUUCUUGACUUUUGAAGAAAGUUGGAAAUUGUUUGAACAUAAAGCCUUCAAAAAUAUGGAGUGGGUUGAUGAAGAUUUGGAGAGAAUCGGAAAGGAAAUGGUUCAAAAAUGCGGUGGAUUGCCACUUGCUAUAGUCGUUCUUGCGGGGCUUAUGUCAAGGAAGAGGCCAAGCGAGUGGAAUGAUGUGUGCACAAGUUUAUGGCGACGCUUAAAAGACAACUCCAUUCACAUCUCAACUGUAUUUGAUCUGAGCUUCAAGGAGUUGCGGCAUGAGUUGAAACUCUGCUUUCUUUACCUUAGCGUCUUCCCAGAGGACUAUGAGAUCGAUGUAGAGCAGUUGAUACACUUAUUUGUAGCAGAAGGAUUUGUCCGAGAGGAUGAAGGGAUGAUGAUGGAAGACGUGGCUCGGUACAUUAUCGAGGAGCUAGCAGACAGAAGCCUAGUGGAAGCAGUGAGAAGAGAAAGAGGGAAAGUAAUGUCUUGUAGAAUCCAUGAUCUUCUUAGAGACGUGUCCAUCAAGAAAACGAAAGAGAUCAACUUUGUACACGUUUACAAUGGGCAACAUUCUUCUACAACGUGUAGAAGGGAAGUGGUUCACUACCUUAUCAACAACAACGAUCUGUGUGACAGACGUGUUAACCAACGAAUGCGAUCCUUCUUGUUCUUUGGAGAGCAGAAGGGGAUGCUAGGGGGAUUUGUUCAAACCAUUACCUUGAAGCUCAAGUUACUUCGAGUGCUUAACCUUGGAGGGCUUCUGUUUCUUUUUAAAGGAUAUGUCCCCUUGAGCUUACCAGAUGCAAUUGGAAAUUUAAUCCACUUGAGGUACUUGGGUAUCGCUGACUCUGGUCGGAGGAACAUACAAACUUUCAUCUCCAACUUACAGUUUUUACAGACACUAGAUGCAUCGGGGUCUAAUUAUUUUAAGGGAACGACUGAUCUACGUAAGCUCACAUCACUGAGGCAUGUCAUUGGCAAAUUCAUCGGAGAAUUGCUACUAGGAAACGUACACAACCUCCAGACCUUGAGAUCUGUCUCCUCCUACAGCUGGAGCAAACUAAACCAUGAGUUGCUUAUAAACCUUAGGGACGUGGAGAUCUACGACUGGCCCACACGGGUUAAAGAGAGAGAUAGAUCUGUUUCUUUGAACUUGGCUUCCUUUUCUAAACUGAAAAAUCUUCGUGUCUUGAAACUAGAGCUCAAGGCCGUCAAGAUAUCGACUGAAUCCGAAGAGGAUGUGAUCUUUCCUAGCCUGGAGUCUCUGACACUUGAUGGAACAAGUCUCGAGGAAGACCCAAUGCCCAUUUUGCAGAAAUUUCCGAGAUUAGAAGAUCUGGUUCUGAAAGAAUGUGAGUGGUUGGGAGCCAAGAUGAGCAUCAGCGAACAAGGUUUUGGUCGGCUGAGGAAGCUUGAAUUGAUAACGGUGAGACUGGAUGAGUUGCAGAUCGAAGAAAAGGCCAUGCCCAGUUUGUUGAAGCUAAAUUUGGAGAUGGAGCGAGGAGCAACGAAGCUGAUAAUUCCAGAUCGAUUCCAAGCGUUCGUUCGAGGUACCUACUGAUCGUUAUUACCAGCAAAAGAAUUGGAUCAUGCAAGGAAGUCCGGAACUAUUUGGACUGUUUCGUUUGCAACAAUAAUUGUUUGUUUUGUUUCCAUUUGUAUUUUGUUGAUUUGUGG